CGCCACUGUAACCAGGGAAAGUAGGAGGUGGAGCUCUAGGUCAAGGCUGCUCCGUUCGGCAGAAAAAACAGAGAGGCAACAAAAUGGCAUGAAAAAGUGGUAUUUUUGACCAAAUUCCCCGGACCGGGAAAAGUACAUACGAUUUCAGAGCAGCCCAGCCUAGUCCGAAGACAUGCAGUCGAGAAGGGGCUGACUCUCCAUAACGUUACCCGUUGUUUGCUAGAAGUUUUAAUUAAAGCUGCAGAUACAUGGUGCACAGGUGUUUAGCAGUCAGCCAUGGAUACCACCACCUCCCUGAAGAUGACCUCCCUGGCCGUCCAGAGUCUGUUCAGCUACGUGGAAGAGGAGAACCUGGCCGCCAUCAAAGCACAUUUGGACAAGUUCAAAGAUGUGGACAGCAGGAGCGAUAAUGGACAGACUCCCCUGAUGGUGGCAGCGGAGCAGGGCAAUCUGGAGAUAGUACAAGAGCUCAUUAGGAGAGGAGCCAACAUUAACCUGGAUGAUGUCGACUGCUGGACGGCGUUGAUCUCGGCAGCUAAGGAGGGUCACAUCGAGGUGGUGAGGGAACUGUUGGAGAACAAUGCUAACCUAGAACAUCGAGACAUGGGGGGUUGGACUGCUCUUAUGUGGGCAGCCUAUAAAGGUUGUACAGAUGUGGCCCAGCUGCUCUUGGAAAAAGGAGCUAACCCCAACAUUACUGGUCAGUACAGCGUCUACCCCAUAAUCUGGGCAGCAGGUCGUGGCCACGCAGACAUUGUCCAUCUCCUGCUGCAGCACGGAGCCAAGGUCAACUGCUCAGACAAGUAUGGAACCACUCCUUUGAUCUGGGCCUCCAGGAAGGGCCACUAUGACAGUGUGAUGCACCUUCUGGCCAACGGAGCUGAUGUGGACCAGGAAGGAGCUAAUUCAAUGACUGCUCUGAUUGUGGCUGUGAAAGGUGGCUACACAGAAGUUGUCAAGGAGCUUCUAAAGGGGAACCCGAAUGUCAACAUGACGGACAAGGAUGGCAACACAGCCCUUGCCAUUGCUGCCAAGGAGGGACACACUGAGAUUGUACAGGACCUGCUGGACGCCGGCACCUAUGUCAACAUCCCAGACAGGAGUGGGGAGACAAUGCUGAUUGGAGCAGUGAGAGGAGGUCAUGUGGAGAUAGUCCGAGCUCUGCUGAACAAAUACGCUGAUAUUGACGUCAGGGGCCAGGAUGGAAAGACUGCCCUCUACUGGGCAGUGGAGAAGGGCAACGCUACCAUGGUGAGAGACAUCCUGCAGUGUAACCCAGACACCGAGAGCUGCACAAACGAGGGAGAGACCCCACUUAUCAAAGCCACAAAAAUGAGGAACAUUGAAAUAGUUGAGCUGCUGCUGGAUAAAGGAGCUAAAGUGUCUGCGGUGGAGAAGAAAGGAGACACCCCUCUCCAUAUUGCCAUCCGAGGGCGGAGCCGAAAGUUAGCUGAGCUGCUGCUGAGGAACCCUAAAGAUGGCCGCCUGCUUUACCGCCCCAACAAAGCUGGAGAGACACCAUACAACAUCGACUGCACCCACCAGAAAAGCAUCCUCACACAGAUAUUUGGAGCCAAGCACCUCUCCCCCUCGGAGUCAGAUGGGGACAUGUUGGGUUAUGACCUGUAUAGCAGCGCUUUAGCAGACAUCCUGAGUGAGCCCACCAUGCAGCCACCUAUCUGUGUUGGAUUGUAUGCUCAGUGGGGCAGUGGCAAGUCUUUCCUCCUUAAGAAACUGGAGGAUGAGAUGAAGACAUUUGCAGGCCAGCAGAUAGAGCCGUUGUUCCAGUUCUCAUGGCUGGUGGUCUUCCUCACAUUGCUACUCUGUGGCUCAGUGGCUGUGAUCCUGGGCUUCACAGUUGAUCCCAAGCUGGCAAUCGCUGUCUCCCUCAGCCUCCUCACCCUGCUCUACAUCUUCUUUGUGUUGGUGUAUUUUGGAAGCCGACGUGAGAGGGAAAACUGGAACUGGGCGUGGGUCAUCAGCACCCGUCUGGCCCGCCACGUCGGCUAUCUGGAGCUGCUGCUCAAACUGAUGUUUGUUUACCCCCCUGAACUUCCUGAGCAGACUACCCGUGCCCUGCCUGUCAGGUUCUUGUUCACGGAUUAUAAUCGUCUGUCCAGCGUUGGAGGGGAGACAUCCAUGGCUGAGAUGAUUGCCACGCUCUCAGAUGCCUGUGAGAGGGAGUUUGGCUUCAUGGCCACAAGGCUUUUCAGGGUUUUCACGAACGAUGAGAUCCAAGGUAAAAAGUGGAAGAAAACAUGUUGUGUUCCCUCCUUCGUGCUGUUUGCCUUGACACUAGGCUGUCUGAUCACCGGUAUGGCCCUGUUAGCCAUCUUUAAGGUUGACCCGGAGAACUUGACAGUAAAUGCAGUGCUGAUAGCUAUGGCCAGCGUGGUGGGUCUGGCUGUACUGCUCAAUUGUAGGACUUGGUGGCAAGUGGCUGACUCCGUCCUCAACUCCCAGAGGAAACGCCUGCACAGUGCUGCUAACAACUUGCACAAGCUCAAGAGUGAAGGAUUUAUGAAGGUUCUGAAGCACGAGGUGGAGCUUAUGUCAAAAAUGGCCAAAACCAUCGAUGGUUUCACCCAGAACCAGACGCGUAUGGCCGUCAUCAUCGAUGGGCUGGAUGCCUGUGAACAGGACAAAGUGCUGCAAAUGUUGGACACGGUGAGGGUACUCUUCUCCAAAGGCCCUUUUAUCUCCAUCUUUGCCAGUGAUCCCCAUAUUAUCAUAAAAGCUAUCAACCAAAACCUCAAUAGUGUGCUGAGAGACUCCAACAUCAACGGCCACGACUACAUGAGGAACAUUGUCCACCUGCCGGUAUUCCUCAACAGCAGAGGCCUCAGUACGGCCAAAAAGCUUUGCAUGGAAGCCCCCACCAACGGAGAGGCAUUGCCUGCUGAAGGAUGGCAUGAAGACAUGGACAGGAAGUUGUCUCAGAACAGCUUGGGCCAAGACCAGGCCAAAUUUGGCAGCAAGAAUGCCCUCAAUCGCAGGGACACAUACCGACGUCGCCAGAUGCAGAGGACUAUCACCAGACAGAUGUCAUUUGACCUUACCAAGCUGCUGGUGACCGAAGACUGGUUCAGUGACAUCAGCCCACAGACCAUGAGGAGGCUGCUUAACAUUGUUUCUAUCACAGGUCGUCUGUUGCGAGCCAAUCACAUCAUCUUCAACUGGGAUCGGCUGGCGUCGUGGAUCAACCUGACAGAGGAGUGGCCUUACAGGACGUCAUGGAUCAUCCUCUUUCUGGAAGAGACUGAUGGAGUGUCUGACCAGGUCGCUCUUAAAACCAUCUAUGAGAGAAUCUCCAAGAACAUCCCCACCACUAAGGAUGUGGAGCCACUGCUGGAGAUCGAUGGAGACAUCCGUAGCUUUGAGGUCUUCCUCUCUUCCAGGACACCUGUUCUCACUGCCAGAGAUGUGGAAAUGUUCCUGCCCUGCACUGUCAACCUGGAUCCAAAACUCAGGGAGAUCAUAGCAGAUGUGCGUGCGGCCAGGGAGCAGAUGCACAUGGGAGGAGUGACCUAUCCCACGCUGCCCCUGCAAGAAGCAGUGCCCCGUCCCCAGUCAGGUUAUGGCCACCACUCUGCCGCCUGCUCACCAACAGGCUCCUUCACUGGAUCCCUGCCUCCUCAGCCCCACAGUGCCUACUUUAGCGGGAUGACAGGCCCACAGCACCCUUUCUACAACCGGCCUUAUUUCCCCCAUCAUGUGUAUCACCUGCCACGGCAUUACUCCCACCAUGUCCCCUUAUCCUCACGUCUCUCCAUUAAACCACCCGGCCAUCCUAAGGACACCAGUGGACUUCAUUUAAAGUCGCUGCCUUACAAAUUGAAGCAGGUGUCUCCUGCAGUCCUGCUCAGCUCUAUGAACACAGAUACAGUGUGUGAGCGUCUUAAACAGAUGGAUGGAAUCGACCCCAACAUGCUGCCUCAGUACACCUCCACCAUCAAGAAGGCUAAUAUAAAUGGUCGGGUGCUGUCCCAGUGCAACCUGGACGAGCUGAAGAAAGAGAUGGAGAUGAACUUUGGCGACUGGCAGCUCUUCAGGGGAAUGGUGAUGGAACAACGUCAUGCUGAAAGCCAGACUCUGCUUCAGGAUGAGAGCCGACCUGUUAGCGAGCAGGGCAGCAGCGUGCACCAUGGGGAGCCCAGCAGACGCUCAGGGGGAGCCCAGCAUGAAGCGGCAGCCUUCAGCCUCAACCUCAGCUUUGAGGAGCUCAGUGGAGCGGGGCUGGAGGAGCCUCCGAGACAAAGCAAUAACUCACACUGGCCGGUGGCAAAUCACCGCACCUCAAGCAUGUCCAGCCUCAACUCCCAGGAAUCCUCUAAUGACAUCUGCAAGCUGACAGACAAGCAGCAGGCUGAGUAUCGUGAUGCCUACAGGGAGUACAUCGCUCAGAUGGCCCAGCUGGAGAUGUCCGGCAGUGGAGGAGAGAGGCCUGUGCAGCCCCACCCUGGACAAUUCCUUCAGGCUGCCAGCUCAGAGGACAAAGGGGCCAAGGAAGGAGCUGACCAAGACGGUCGCAAGUCCUUCACCAAGAGAGGCUCCAAGACUAGCGAUGCCACAGACUUCCCCUCAGGGACCGAUGCCCAGCCCCUAGACCCCAUCAGUGAAGAGGAUGAGAAGCUGGACCACAGCUCAUCCUCCAGGACUUCAGGCUCCAGGAAAAAGGGAGCUGGGUUGUACUACCACAAGCUGCCCAACGAUGAAGACUCAGGCCCAGAAGAAGCUGACAAUACCACACCUCUCCUCCACAAAGAGUCAAGAGCUGGUGCUGUGUCUUCCCACAGGGCCUCCCAGCCCAGUGGGCUGCUGACCAAGCCUGGCUUCCUCACCGAAAUCCUCCUGGAUAAGAAGGACUCGUCCGACUCAGGGAUGCGCUCCAGUGACAGCUCCUCAGACCGCUCCCUGGAGGAAGCUGAAGGAGACGCUGACAGAGAGAGAGAUGCUCUGAAGCCCAGUCUGAUUGAACUGGAGCUGGAGGGGCUGGUGAAGAAGAGAGGCCUCCUCCCCAGCAGCCUAAGUGGCCUGCAGGACGCCACAGCAGCCCGCAUGUCCAUCUGCUCCGAGGCUCCGUCCGAGGUCAGCCUAAUGGCCAGCAGCCCAGAUGAAGGGUGGCCGUCCAGCGGGGUCAGCAACCUCAACCGCACCGCCAGCAACACCACCCUUAAUAACAACACAAGCAGCCCAACUGACACCACCACCAACACUAACACCAACAACAGCCGUCAGCAGCAGGCUAACAUCACAGGCACACAGUCCACCACCUCCCCUUCCGGCAUCGACGUCUCGCCAGCUGUCAUCAUCACCCCCGGCAGCAGCAGCACUGCCAACACCACAGCCGCCACCAUCCACAACCAGAACUUGCGCACCAUCAGCCUGGGAGAUGAGAGGGAGAGUGUCCUCUAAGGAGCCAUAUGUGUUCGUUAUUCUGAGAAGGGUCAUGUAGGCUGAUGUUGUUGUUUGAGAUAAUCACGCUGUUGUUGUUGUUGUUGUUGUUGUUGUGAUGUGUUCCAAAGUAUUAGAGGACAUAUAUGUUCUACUGUUAGGAAGAAAAUGUAGGAAAUGUUGGCUGUGAAUCAAGAGUAGCGCGAUUUAAAGCUAAUUAGUCGGGUCGUAGCGAAAAAAAAGCACAAAUCUGAUACAUGUAUAAUAACGUUUGGAAUUUAAUUAUACCAAAAAUGUUUCAGUCAGGUCAAAUCGGGAGUGCUUUAACUUCUUUCUUAUGUUACGAGGCCUUCUGCUGUUCUUUGUCUUUGGAUAGUUACAGUGUGAAUGUGGUGCUGUAAUGUGGAUAUAGUGUGUUUAAAGAUGAAAUGUUACAUGUCGUGGACAUCAUAUGUCACAGGAAAAAAAAGUGUUGUUUCAGGAAAUGUAAUUAUGAGUGAUAAGGGUCAAUGUUACGGAAGCCUUUGUCUCAGAGAUGUUUUGUGCUGAGUGUGGUAGUUAAAACAUGUCAAAUAGAUGGCAGUGUAGACAGAGUUACAGUGUGAUGUUGGUAGUUUCUGUGAUAGUAGAAGUGCAUGCACUCCACUCCAAAGAGGUGAUGGUCUUUUCCAAAGUUCCUUGUGAAACUGUGUUUUGUGAAUCAGUAAACAUUUCAACUAUGUGCACCCUUGAAAUCAAUGUCAUGUUUUCUCUUUCUCUGCUCUCUCUUGCAGGAAAAUCAGCCGUGUGUACAGUGAAGUCUCUGUAGACUAGGAUUAACUGGUAAAUAAAUUAGAAUAUUUC